AUGAAAUCCAUAACACGACCAGUUGUCGCCAUUGCCGGAGCCACCGGACAUCUAGGCAAGCACUUCACAGCAGCCUUCCUCUCCUCCACCUUCCAAGACAAGUUCUCCGAGAUAAUCCUCCUCUCAAGAAACGAAUCAUGUCUCUUCCAACCCUCCUCCUCCCAGUCCGGCGUAAAACUCACAGCCCGCCGCUACAACGAACACAACCUCGAAGAAGCCCUACAGGGCAUACAAAUACUGGUAAAUACAGUCGGGCCCGCAGGGCACGACUUCAAAACAAAGAUCGCAUCCGCCCUUGCUCAAACCGACAUCCGAGUCUACUUCCCCUCCGAGUUCGGCGUCGACCACUGCAAUCACGACUUCGCCCACUUGGAGUGGCAGGAGAAGAAGAAGCACUUUGCAAAGGCGCAAGCAGUCGUCACGCACAUGAAGGUCUGUCGCGUAUUCUGCGGCCUGAUUCUAGAAGAUAGUAUCGGGCCGUGGUUCGGUCUCGACACCCAGAAAGGGAAGUAUACUAGUGUGGGGUCAUUCCGCACGCCGGUGUCUUUUACCUCGCUUGCGGAUGUCGGCAGGACCGUUGCUUCAUUGGCGACUAUGCCGGCAGAAAAGAUUCCUGAUGUUGUUCAUGUUGGCGGUGAUUCGCGCUCGAUUGCGGAGAUUGCGGGGAUUAUGGAGUCUGCCGGUGCGGGACACAUUGAUAUUGACUGCCUCCCGUACGACAAAUAUAAGGCAGAGACUAUUGCUGAGCCUUCAUGGCGUCCGGUUGCCUAUCUGUGGUUCUUGAUGGGUGACGGGGGUAUUGCUCAUACUCCUGAUUUUCUUGGGGAUGAUAACGAUCUUGUUAACCCUGGUCAGCAGCUGUGGAAGUGGAAAACUGUAGAGGAUUUGGCCAAGGAGACUAAUGGGCAGCCUGCGAAAUAUGUUGUCUGGCCUCGUCAUAAGUAG